GGCCCUGGCGGGGGUGGGCCGGGCCAAGCCGGGCAGGGCCGGGGCGGGGCCGCUGGCGUUUCCGUUGCUUGGAUCAGUCUGGGCGCAGCUGCCGGAUCCUUCAGCGUCCGCAUCUCGGCGUCGCCCCGCGUACCGUCGCCCGGCUCUCCGCCGCUCUCCCGGGGGUUCGGGGCACUCGGGUCCCACAGUCUGGUCCUACUUCAUCUUCCCCUGACCUGACUCGUCGCCAUGGCACAGGUUCUCAGAGGCACUGUGACUGACUUCCCUGGAUUUGAUGAGCGGGCUGAUGCAGAAACUCUUCGGAAGGCCAUGAAAGGCCUGGGCACAGAUGAGGAGAGCAUCCUGACUCUGUUGACAUCCCGAAGUAACGCUCAGCGCCAGGAAAUCUCUGCAGCUUUUAAGACUCUGUUUGGCAGGGAUCUUCUAGAUGACCUGAAAUCAGAACUAACUGGAAAAUUUGAAAAAUUAAUUGUGGCUCUGAUGAAACCCUCUCGGCUUUAUGAUGCUUAUGAACUGAAACAUGCCUUGAAGGGAGCUGGAACAAAUGAAAAAGUACUGACAGAAAUUAUUGCUUCAAGGACACCUGAAGAACUAAGAGCCAUCAAACAAGUUUAUGAAGAAGAAUAUGGCUCAAGCCUGGAAGAUGACGUGGUGGGGGACACUUCAGGGUACUACCAGCGGAUGUUGGUGGUUCUCCUUCAGGCUAACAGAGACCCCGAUGCUGGAAUUGAUGAAGCUCAAGUUGAACAAGAUGCUCAGGCUUUAUUUCAGGCUGGAGAACUUAAAUGGGGGACAGAUGAAGAAAAGUUUAUCACCAUCUUUGGAACACGAAGUGUGUCUCAUUUGAGAAAGGUGCUUGACAAGUACAUGACUAUAUCAGGAUUUCAAAUUGAGGAAACCAUUGACCGGGAGACUUCUGGCAAUUUAGAGCAACUACUCCUUGCUGUCGUGAAGUCUAUUCGAAGUAUACCUGCCUACCUUGCAGAGACCCUCUAUUAUGCUAUGAAGGGAGCUGGGACAGAUGAUCAUACCCUCAUCAGAGUCAUGGUUUCCAGGAGUGAGAUUGAUCUGUUUAACAUCAGGAAGGAGUUUAGGAAGAAUUUUGCCACCUCUCUUUAUUCCAUGAUUAAGGGAGAUACAUCUGGGGACUAUAAGAAAGCUCUUCUGCUGCUCUGUGGAGGAGAAGAUUAGUAACGUGUCAUGGGGAAGAGCUCCCUGCUGUGUGCCUGCACCUCCCCACUGCCUUCCUUCAGCACCUUUAGCUGCAUUUAUAUGCCAGUGCUUGACACAUUGCCUUAUUCAUACUAGCAUGCUCACGACCAACACAUACACGUCAUAGAAGAAAAUAGUGGUGCUUCCUUCUGAUCUCUAGUGGAGAUUUCUUUGACUGCUGUAGUACUAAAGUGUACUCAUGUUACUAAGUUUAAUGCCUGGCCAUUUUCCAUUUAUAUAUAUAUUUUUUUAAGAGGCCAGAUUGCUUUUAGCCUUUUUUAAAAACUGCAUUUAUAUUACAUUUGUAACCAUGAUACCUUAAUCAGAACCUUAGCCUUGAAGUUGUGAACUCUUGGAAAUGUUAUUAGUCAAGUUCGCAACUAAACUAAACCUGUAAAAUUAUGGUGAUUGUAUUCAAAAGAUUAAUGAAAAAUAAACAUUUCUGUCCCCCUGAA